AUGCACUGUGAGGAGACAGGCAAAAAUGUAAAUAGGAAGGACCGCUCGGAUUCGGAGGAGGAAGCGGUACGAUGGGCAUGUUUAGCGGAUGUUUCUCGCCGGAGGGUGGAGUUGCACGUUAAGCAGUUGACGCGGCUUUUGGUCGGUGGCUUGAGUGUAUGCGGCCUGUACGCCAUCACACCCGAGCCCGGUACGCCCGCCGUAACGGCCUUGAAGCGGCUUUGUCCUCCCUUCGCCUCGUCCCGCGGCCGUCGUACUCCCCAUGAGGCCUUUCCUGCCUCGCCUCAGGGCCAUGAACCGCCCGCUGCACACGACCUGGCCUGGCUGCACGUGAAUGCGUCCAGCCGGCAGUUCACCUGGCGCGUGGGCCCCCCAGGAGGUGAGAUGAGGCCCGGGGAGGUAACGUCUCAGGCCCGGCUCCUGAGCAGGUUCGUCCCAUGGCACAGCAUCGUGCACGUGGACUUGGAGGUGGGUCUCUCUGACGUUUGGAUUGGAGAGGAGGGGGGAGAAUGGUAUGAUGAUGAGGGAGGGGAAGGGAAAAGGAAGGCGGUGGUAAAGAGGGCGGGAGGGAGGGCAGGAGGCGAUGGGAAUCAUGGUUUGGGCGAGACCUUCUGGUCUACUGUGCUGCGGGCAGUCUACCUAGAAGGGGAAAACUUCAAAAAGGCGAGGGCCUUCCCCUCGCCGAUACCUCCUGCCCCCGCCCCUACCCCAGUGGCCCUUUGCGACGCCGAAGUCAAGCCAGGAGGGGGCGGAGGGGGUGGUUCUACCCCUUCCUCCCUCCUUUCCUAUGCGACUUUCAGGCGGGAUGACGAGGGGAAACGGCGCCUGGACUUCUAUGCUCCAUGGCUGGACAAUCUGGACGAGGAGGGGGAAGAUGCGGGAGGAAGGGGUGGGGGAAGAGGGGAGGGGCCUGGGGAGACGAGCCCCCAGGGUCAAGGAGGUUCACAGGAGGAAGCAAGAGAGGGGGAGAGGGCCGGGCGCCGUAUGCGGAUGGUGGGAUCGGUGGUGUGCGUGGCUGUUCAGCUGGCAGAGGAAGACAUGGUUGCGGCAGUGGCGGGCCUCAAGGCGGACUACGCCCGCACGCUCCUGGAGAGGGUGCAACUGCUCCGGGAGGGCAGGAGAGGGGAGAAGAACGUGCUUCGAUCUUCGUGGCAGCUCCCCCGGCGGGUGUUUCUGGCCUCCUCGCACCCAUCCUCCCCGUCCUCCACCCCCGCCCUUCCGUCCUAUCGCAUCCUGCUGGGCGAGUAUUUGCAUGCCGAGCCCAGCAAAGGGAAGGGUGCGAUUGGAGACAGAGAAGCGCACGCUCGUCUGGAAGAAAUACUCAGGGCAGGAACCUUCAUUCCCGGAUGCACUCCUUCCUCGCCGCCGGCCCAAGCCCCCGGGCCCCCGCGCACGAUUUCCAGGCUCUGCGCCUGGGAAUGCGACGCGCCCGCCUUACUCCUGGUCCCUCCGGCACCGUGCCAUGGCGGGGUUGAUGCUCAGGACAGCGGUCUGGAUCCAGUAGCCAGAGGGGCGUCAGUCCCCUCUUCCGUGUCCGUCGGGGCAGGGACGGCCAGCAAGGGGGAGAAGGAAACAAAAGAGACCUUCUCGACGACCUUGCCCGCAUCCAAAGCCGCAGCUAGCCCUCAAGAAGAGGCGAGAGAAAGCUCUGUGCCAGUCAGACAAAGGCGGGCGUCUCUGCCACCCAAGGGAGGGGCGUCGACCCCCUCCGUGCCCCCCCACUUCCUCCUUCCUACCUCUAAGUCCGCAUGCUCUCCCUCUUCCCCAACGCCCCUGGCCUUGGCCACGAGGCUUGCCAUGGUGCUUGCAGGAGUCGUUCUACUGGGCGUGGCUGCUUUUCUGAAGAGCCGA